CGAAGUUACAGAACUCAGUGCUCUAAUAAAUCCAAAAAAAUAAAAAAACUGCUUGUACUUUGUGCUUUAUAAUGUUGUACAUUUCAAACUCUGGAUGGAAAGUAAAUUAAUGAAAUCAAAUUAUUUAUUUCUUGGAUACUACAAUUGCGUUUCGUUUCUCUUCUUCUCUGCUAAUACAGAACUUCCAGCUCGCAUUUUCCAGAUUUAGGGUUUUUAUCGAAUCAAAUCAAAAACGUAUGUGCAUAUGCAUUUAAGAGAGAAGCUUCUAUGGUGUUGAGUGUCAGUACAUUGACGUGAAGCUAUUGGAAGAGAGGUUUUAGAGAUGGAGAUGGAAAUGGAAAUGGAAAUGGAAAUGGAAGAGGAAAUUGAAAUGCAAUUUGUGUUUGAGGCGCGUGAAAUUGAUAUCGAUUAUGAGUUUGAUGCGGCAAUGUUCUUCGAUUUCACCCGUGAGGAGUCUGCUGCUGACGCGCGUCAGGCUGAGCGGUGGUUCGAGACGGCUCAGAGCUAUCCUCCAUCGCCUUUUGUUGCAAAGUUUGUGUUGAGAGAGGAUAGUCUUCUGGAGGAUAUUAGAACCUCUCCAAAAUCAAACGAUGCGGAAAACACGGCCACUUUGAUCAGUGAUGACUGUAGUGAUGAUCUUGUUGCAGAUCUUCCUGCCAUGGAGGCGAACAAAGAAUCCAAAGGAACAUAUAGAGGAAUCUUCACCAACUUGCAAAGCAGCAACUUGCAAAAAUUUUCAAAUGAACCACUGGAAUUGAAAACAGGAUUGACUUAUUACAAUCAUUCAUCUACUGAUAAAGCAAGAGCAAAAGUCAAAUCUACUGUAAAGCCAAAUCUUCCGAGGUGUUCAACUUUGAUGAAACCCACAGCAAGCAUGUUGGCAAAGCAAAAUCGUCUGCUUCAUGUCAAUGGUUCCAGACUUCAGAUGCUACUGGUUCAAAAGGAGAAGAGCUUAUGCAAUUCUAUGGUGGAAAGUCAAGCUGCCAAGAGGCAGAAGCUAGAAGGAGGUCACUCUUGUAGGGUUGGUGAUGCAAAGCAACAAGCUGAUUUCAUCCACAAGGCACCUAAAAAGGAUGGAGCUGUUGAUAAAAGUUGUGCUCAUUCAAAGCUCAGGCUCACCAUUCCUAGAGAGCCUGACCUGGAAACAGCACAUAGGGCACAAAGGAUUAGGCAAAAAAAUACCACACGAUUUGAAUGUGUAACGGUGGCUGUACAAAGAUUCAAAGCACGCCCAUUGAAUAGAAAAAUUCUCGAGGCUCCCUCGUUGCCUCUUCCAAAGAAGAGUACUCCAAAGUUGCCAGAGUUUCAAGAAUUUCACCUUAAGACAUCAGAGAGGGCAAUGCAGCAUGCAUCUGCAGUUUCAUCUACCUCGUUUCAGUGCAAUGAUUCUGAACAGGGGUUGGACAAACCUACUACAAUUUCCGUUGCAGAGAUGGGGAACAGAGAAUCCAGAAGACCAAGCACAAUGGAUGCUCAAAAGCAAGAUGGAUGUAGCACAACACACAUAUUCAAAGCUCGCCCUUUGAAUAAGAAGAUAUUCACAAGUAAAGGGGACAUUGGUAUUUUCCGAAACAGCAAGCGGGAGACCACAGUGCCGCUGGAAUUUAACUUCCGUACAGAAAAGAGGAUUCAGCAUGACCCACCUACAGAACUUUUCAGUAAGCUCUCUCUGAAAGCUGAGCUCCAGACAAAUAAUGGAUCUCGGCUGCAAUUGCCCCGACCAAGUUUUUUAUCCAUAAAUGGCUCAAAAGAAAAUAGAUUGAAUCAUUUGCAAACAGAACAUAAGACGACACAUUUGAUGAAAGAAAAGCCAUCUAUUUUUGGUGGAAAGCAGACUCAAUGCAGUGAAGUGGCAAACCAAUUGAGCAUGAGGAGCUUGGGCGUCCGGUGAUGGUAACAGAAAUCAGAAAUUUCAAGUGGUUUUCUGCACAGCAUCUGAUGAGAUUCUGCAGUUGAAUAGGAGUUUAAAAGAUGAAUACUUGAACAGUACAAAACAGUUGGAAAAGAUUUUAACCUUUUUGUUGUAUACAGAAUCGAUGGUAGGGAAUCCACAUCAAUUGUUUAGCUCUUAAGAAACUGAUCUCACACAGUUAUGUAAAGCUAACUGCUCUCUCUAAUUUGAAGGGCUGUCCUUAAUCCUAGAAAAUCGGUUUGCAGGGCCAGUGUUGUACAGCCAUUAGCGCUUGCUCAACCUAUAUACCUUCCUUUUUCCUUUUUUCAUAGCGAGCAAACAUGUAAUGACUAUUAGUGAAAAAUCGCACAGGAAUGGUUUAACUCUUAUGGAUAUGCUUUUAUCCAUGUACAUGGAUCUGCAAUUUAUUACUAUUAGUACA